ACUAUCGAGGGGCCCCAUUGAAGAGCGCUCAGACGUGUGCGAGCCUCCGUGCGGAACGGAACAGAAAAGAAACUAAGAAAAGAAUCAUUGAUCGGAUCGCCGCUGCAAGAAAGUAAAAACGGCUGUGAAAACAAAGACACAAAGUAUUUCGUGGGGAGGCAAACAUUUGCCCAUUAAGCAACGUUGUCGUCGGCGCGUGUGUCUCUGUGUAGUGUGCAGUUCGGAGUUCGGAGUGCUGUGAAAUUGGCUACAGAAAUACCCGCAGCGAAAUGUGCGAAUUUGUGAGGGAACAUGGCGAAUAUGUGUGGGUGAAGCCGCAGAAUGCCACCAGUGAGUUUGCGGUGCCUUUUGGUGCGCGCAUUGUGCGCACGGAGAAGACCCAGACGCUGGUCUGCGAUGAUCGCAAGAAGCAGUUUUGGGUGCCAGCAGGGGAUGUGCUCAAGGCCAUGCACAUCACAUCGCAGCAGGAUGUCGAGGAUAUGAUCACCCUGGGCGAUCUGCAGGAGUACACAAUCCUCAGGAACCUGGAGAAUCGCUAUGCCAAACAGUUGAUAUAUACCUACACUGGCUCCAUGCUGGUGGCCAUCAAUCCAUACCAGAUCCUGCCCAUCUACACGAAUCGAGAGAUCCAGCUGUACAGAAACAAGGCCUUGAGCGAGCUGCCGCCGCACAUUUUUGCGAUCAGUGACAAUGCCUUCCAGCGACUGCAGCGGCACAAGGAGAACCAGUGCGUGGUCAUCAGCGGCGAGUCGGGGGCGGGCAAGACGGAGAGCACCAAACUGAUCCUGCAGUACCUGGCCGCGAUAAGCGGCAAACACUCCUGGAUCGAGCAGCAGAUCAUCGAGGCGAAUCCCAUUAUGGAGGCCUUUGGCAAUGCCAAGACCGUGCGGAACGACAAUUCCUCGCGCUUUGGCAAGUACAUCGAGAUUCGGUUCACGCCCGAGGGCGCCAUCCAGGGAGCCCGCAUUCAGCAGUAUCUUCUGGAGAAGUCCCGCAUCGUUUUCCAGAGUCGGGAGGAGCGCAAUUACCACAUUUUCUACUGCAUGCUGGCGGGGCUGACGCCGCCGGAACGGCAACGUCUCAUGCUGCAGGAGCAGUCGCCCAGCCAGUACCAUUACCUAUCCCAGGGCGGCUGCUUCACGCUGCCCGGCAGGGGCGACGCCAAGGACUUUGCCGAUAUUCGGGCGGCCAUGAAGGUGCUCUCCUUCAAGCCGGAGGAGAUGUGGAGCAUACUCUGCCUGUUGGCGGCCAUCCUGCACAUUGGAAACCUGCGAUUCAAGGCCACAGAAGUGGCCCAUCAGGAGGCGGCCGAGGUGGACGAUGACGAGAACCUGAAGAGGGUGGCCAAGCUGCUGGGCAUUCCCGUUGCCCCAUUGAAUUUGGCCCUGACCCAGCGCACAAUAUUCGUCCAUGGCGAGCAUGUGACCACCAGCCUGUCCAAGGAGUCGGCCCUCGAGGGACGCGACGCCUUCGUCAAGGCCCUGUACGAUGGCAUCUUUGUGCGGAUUGUGCGUCGCAUCAAUGAGACGAUCAACAAGCAGCCGGAUCGACCGAUGAACAGCAUCGGCGUGCUGGAUAUUUUUGGGUUCGAGAACUUUGACAACAACAGCUUCGAGCAGCUGUGCAUCAACUAUGCCAAUGAGAAUCUGCAGCAGUUCUUUGUGGGACACAUUUUCAAGAUGGAACAAGAUGAAUACCAGAACGAGCAUAUCAACUGGCAGCACAUUGAGUUCCAGGACAAUCAACAAAUACUCGAUCUCAUUGGCAUGAAGCCAAUGAACCUCAUGUCCCUGAUUGACGAGGAAUCAAAGUUCCCCAAGGGCACGGACAGCACACUGCUCGAGAAGCUGCAUGUGCAGCAUGGCAAUCGCUCCAUCUAUGUCAAGGGCAAGACCACACAGACCUCGCUCUUUGGCAUUCGUCACUAUGCGGGCGUGGUCAUGUACAAUCCGUUGGGUUUCCUCGAAAAGAAUCGCGACUCCUUUAGCGGUGACCUGCGAACGCUCGUGCAGCGUUCGGCCAACAAAUAUCUGGUGGAUAUCUUUCCCCAUGAAAUGCCCAUGGACACGGCCAAGAAGCAGCCCACACUGUGCGUGAAAUUCCGCAACUCGCUGGACAUGCUGAUGCGGACGCUCGCGCAGGCGCAUCCCUACUUCAUACGGUGCAUCAAGCCGAAUGAGUACAAGGAGCCAAAGAACUUCGACAAGGAGCUGUGCGUACGGCAGCUGCGCUACUCGGGCAUGAUGGAGACGGCGCGCAUCCGACGCGCAGGAUAUCCCAUACGCACCGCCUACCGCGCCUUUGUCGAGCGCUAUCGCUUGCUGGUGCCGCCGACGGGUCCCCUCGAGAAGUGCGACUGCCGGCAGGUGGCGCAGCAGAUCUGUUUGGCCACACUGCCCGCCGACUCGGACCGCCAGUUUGGCAAGACGAAGCUCUUUCUGCGGGACGAGGAUGAUGCCAGUCUGGAGGAGCAGCGCUCCCAGCUGAUGCUCAAAUCGAUUGUGGCCAUACAGCGUGGCUUCAGGCGCGUUCUCUUCCGGCGAUAUCUGCAGAGAUACCGGCAGGCCAUCGUCACCGUGCAGCGGCAUUGGCGGGGUCGCCUGCAGCGCCGUAAGUACCAGAUCAUGCGGCAGGGCUUCCAUCGGCUGGGCGCCUGCAUAGCUGCCCAGCAGCUGACCACAAGAUUCACGAUGGUAAGAUGCCGCACCAUCAAGCUGCAGGCCCUCUCACGGGGCUACCUCACGCGCAAGGAGUUCCAGGGCAAACUGGCGACCCGCAGACAGCAGCAGAAGGAGGAGCAGCAGCAGUUGGUGCGCCUGAAGGAGGAGCAACAGCUGCAGCUAGUCAGGCAGCAGCAGCAGGAACAGAAGGCGCAGCAGGCGCAGCAGGAGCAAGAGCAGCUGCGUCUCAAGGAGGAGCAGCUACAGGUGAAGGAGGCGCAGCGGCUCAAGGCCGAGCAAGAUCAGCGGCUCAAGGACGAGCAGGAGGAGCAGCGACUCAAGGCCGAGGCAGCCACCCGCAAUGCCCUGGCCAUGGCCGCUCUGCAACAGCCCAAGCGCACAAGGUCCCUCAAGCAGGAGGCGCCCAAGGCGCCCACGCUGCAGGCGCGCAUGUCCCUGCCACCGCCACCCACCACGCUGAUUGUCGCGGCUCCGUUGGGCACGCGUCCCGCCAGUCAGACCGCCGCCAAAACGAAUGGCAUUGCAGCAAUACCGGAGAGCCCGCAGGGCUACAACGAUGUGGAGUCCUCCAAGCAGAUGGUGGACGAUGUCUUUGGCUUCCUGAACGAUGAGCCCGAUGCUGCUCGCAGGCGACUCCAGGCCAUUGCCUCGGGCGACACCAUACGGCUGCCCAAGCCGGUGGCCAAGCACAUAGACACCUCGGAUUUUAGUUAUCUGAAAUAUGCCGCGACUUACUUUGGCGGCGGCGCCACAGCGCAGCAUGAAAGAAAGCCGCUGAAGCAGUCGCUGCUCAAGCAUGAACUCCCGCUGGAUGAAAUGGCCUCAAAGGCCAUUUGGUUGACUAUUCUGCGCUUCAUGGGCGAUAUGCCCGAGCUGGCUCCCUCGUCGCCUGUUCCAUCCUCGGAUGAUGCCAACAUCAUGAGUGAUUUAUCGCGACUCCUGACGCCAUUGGGCUCCACAAAGCCGCGACUAUUUGUGCGCCAGACCCUGAAGCGUCCCUCCAAGCUGCAGGGCAGCAGCCAGCGGGAGGCCGAGCUGUUCUAUCAGCAUUGGCUCCAUGUGCCCAGCAGCCAUUUGGAUAAGCUGCACUUUGUUACAGGCCAUGGCAUACUGAAGGAUAACCUAAGGGAUGAAAUCCUGGCGCAGAUCUGCAAGCAGCUGUACCUCAAUCCGAGUCGCACGUCCCAUGCCCGCGGCUGGCUGCUGUUGUCCCUCUGCCUGAGCUGUUUUCCGCCCAGCGCGGACUUUGAGCCGCAUCUGCGCAGCUUCAUGAAGCAGGGCACCGCCCAGCUGCAGGCUGCUGCCUCGCUGCAGCGCCUCGAAAGGACGCUGCUGAAUGGCGCGCGCAGCCAGCCGCCAUCGCUGCUGGAGCUGCAGGCCAUACGCGGCCGCCAGCCACUGCGGCUGGACAUACACCUGAUGGACGGACAGACGCGGCGACUCCAGGUGGAUGCGGCCAGCACGGCCCGGGAGGCGGUGCAGCAGCUCUGCCAGGGCCUGGGCCUGAGCGACGGCUUUGGCUUCGGUUUGCUGAUGUCGCUGCACGGCCGUCUGAUGCCGCUGGGCGCCGGCCAGGAGCACGUUCUGGACGCCAUUUCGGUGUGCGAACAGCGACAGCUGGACGCGCCCUGGAAGCUCUAUCUGCGCAAGGAGAUGUUUGCCACGUGGCAUGAUCCCGCGCUGGACGCGCAGGCCACCCAUCUGAUCUACAGGCAGAUCCUGAACGGCCUGAGGUGCGGCGAGUAUCGCUGUCGCUCCGAGAAGGACAUUGCCAUGGUCUGUGCCCUGGCCUGCUUCAUUGAGCAUGGCCCCGGCGCCAUUGGCCGCCUGCAGACGGCACAGAUCACGGAAUUUGUGCCCAGCGAUCUGCUGGCGCCGGGCGCACGUGCCGUGGAGAACUGGAGUCGCCUCAUCGCAGCCACCUACGAGCGCAGCUCCUAUGUGCGGCUGGAGCAGGAGCCAGAGCCAGAGCAGGCGGAGCUGGUGGCGGCCAACCAGCAGCGGGCCAAGGAGGACAUUUGCUUGUUCGCCCAUCUGUCCUGGCCCAUGCGACACUCGCGCCUGUUCGAGGUGUUGCGCAGGGCGGGACCCAAGCUGCAGAGCGACGAACUGAUGCUGGCCAUCAAUGCCACAGGACUCUUCCUCGUCGACGAGACGGAGCAGGUGCUGGCCUCCUGCAGCUUCGCGGAGCUGCUCACGGUGCAGGCGGCGCCCAACGAGGAGCUGCACAUCCGCACCGUGCAGCAAGUGAACUUCGUGCUGCAGUGCAGCGCCGCGGCCGAUGCCAGCGAUCUGAUCAACUACAUGCUGGACAAUCUGCGGCAGCGUUCCGGCUACGGCGUCGCGCUCGAUCACUCGCCGCAGCUGGACGAUGAGGAUGUGCUGCGGCUCGCGCCGGGCGAUCUGGUACAGUUCGAUGCGGGCGUCACGGGCGCCCAGCUGCUGUCCGGCCAGGCACAGCAGUGCUGGCGUGGCUGUGUCCAGGGCACGGGUCAGUGGGGUCAGUUCGCCGCCGGCAAUGUGCGCGUGCUGGCCACACUCACGGCGCCCAGUGCCGAGCUGCAGGAGAUCCUGCGCGAGGGCCGCUUCGAUGAGGAGCCACCCAAGGUGACGCCGCGAAGAACCAUACUACGCCGUCGCCAGCAUAAUAUUUCUCAGCUGGCUGAGCUGCAGUUCAGAGACGCCUUGGACUCUGAGACGGCGCCACUCUGGACGUAUUCAGCGGAACCACUGAAGGCGCCGCUGCUCAAGGCGCUGGCCACAAAGCCGCAGCUGUUCCAACAGUCGUUGGUCAUCAACCAUCACCUAAUGAAGUAUAUGGGCGACAUAGCCAGAAGCAAUUUGCCCGUCAACACGGACCUCAUCUUUCAGCCGGCGCUGCAGCAGCCGCUGCUCUGCGACGAGCUCUACUGCCAGCUGAUGAAGCAGCUGAGCGAGAAUCCCGGCACGGAGGGCGAGCGCCGUGGCUGGGAUCUGCUUUAUCUGGCCACGGGCCUGCUGGCGCCCAGUGUGCUGAUCAUGCGCGAGCUUCUCCUGCUGCUGCGCCUGCGCGCCGACUCGCUGGCGGAUGCCUGCCUGAAGCGCCUCAAGCGCUGCCUGCAGCACGGACAGCGCCAACAGGCGCCGCAUCUGAUCGAGGUGGAGGGCAUACAGCAGCGCUGCAUGCACAUCUACCACAAGAUCUACUUCCCGGACGACACGGUGGAGGCCUUCGAGAUCGAGUCGCAUACGCGCGGCGCCGCGCUGAUCGCGCAGAUUGGCCAGCGGCUGCAGCUGAAGUCUGCGGUGGGCUACAGCAUCUUCCUGAAGACGGGCGAGCGGGUGUACGCCAUGCCGGAGGCGGACUUUGUGUUCGAUUUCAUUAGCCAACUUCUCAGCUGGCUGCGGCAGCAGCGCACCAUUCGCGCCGCCUGCGACGGCCACUACCAGCUGCACUUUAUGCGCAAACUCUGGCUGAACAACAGUCGGCCCGGCGAGGAUGCCAACGGCGACGUCAUCUUCAGCUAUCCCCAGGAGCUGCACAAGUACCUCAAGGGCUACUAUCCCAUCGACUGCGAGCAGGCCUCGCAGCUGGCGGCACUCGUCUACAGCGCCGAUCAGGAGAUCAGUCUGCAGCGACUCGCCGAGGUGUUGCCCCGCCUGGUGCCCGAGGAUCUGAUACCGCUGCUGCCGCUGGCCGAUUGGCGGCAACGCAUCCUGCCACGUCUGCGGCACGAGCAGAUGAGCGAGGAGCAGGCCAAGCUGCUGUUCCUGCAGGCACUCGCCCAGCAACAGUGCUUCGGCUCCACGUUCUUUGUGGCGAAGCAGCAGAACGACGAGACGCUGCCCGAGUGCCUGCUGAUUGCCAUCAAUGGCGCCGGCUUCCAUCUGCUGGACGGGCAGACGAAGCAGCUGCUGCGCAGCUACGAGUACUCGCAGCUGGGCAUGUGGAGCUCCGGCCAGAAUCAUUUUCACAUACGUUUUGGCAACAUGAUUGGCGCCUCGAAGCUGCUCUGCAGCACCACCCAGGGCUACAAAAUGGACGAUCUGCUGGCCUCCUACGUGAGGUAUUUUACUGACCAAAACCAAAAAAUAAAGUUGUUGAAGUAAAAGAACAUUAAAGAAACAUUUAAAAGUAUUACACAAACCGUCUUAAUUAUUACUCAGAAUAUUACAUAUACCAACAGGUUAUGGGCCCAGUCACCAAGUAUUUUUAAUCGCGUUUAAACUAAAUUCCUAA